AUGGAGGAGUACCAUACAUACAUGAACCAGUGCGACAAAGCGCGGAAGGUUUUCCACCGUUGGUAUAGCAAUCGAAGUGGUGUCGAAGCGGAACUUCUCCAGAUAAUUGGGCAGCUCGACAAGUGGCAGAAGGAUGCAACCUCUGAAGAAACCUUGCAAAUAACUGUUCAGACUCGUAUAGAUCUCGUUGUGAAGCUCUGGAAAGAAGACGAAAAUCUGAAAGAUCAGCUCAUCACUGCUCUCAUAGCGCUCCAGGGUGCAGAAGCUGCUCUUUUGUUUAGAGGUAAAUACGGUAUGCCUCGCCUUGAAUCACUUGAUGAUACAGAAGACAGCAGUACAUUCGCGGGAAUUAUGGCUCUAAUUCAUCGGGACACAUUCCCGAGAGUCGUAGCCCGUCUCAAUCGCCACACCUUCAUGACUGUAUAUGUGGCUGAUGUGCUCGAGGCACUGACUGUUUCAGUAGUACCAUCUAACCUCGCGGAGGUGAUGCAGCGUAUUGCGAAUGUGGAUGCUUAUGGCUCUCGCCUUCCAUGCGAAGUUGCAACACAGUUUCGCUGUUUGUAUCAUAGUGUGAAAUUCGAACUGAAGAUGUAG